AUGAGAAAUAUCAAUCAAAGAAAUAAAUCUAUAAAAAAGGUAAAAAUAUAUUAAUUUAUAUAAAAUUACAUCAAAAUAAUAAAAGCAUAAGUAAUAGAGGAGUCUCUCAUAAAUUACAUUUAAUAUCAAAUCAAGGGCAUAUAUAAUGAAGAAUAGUUUUUUAUCAAUAUAAGGCUUAAUGAUUUUGUUAUUUAAAAAGAAGAAUUUUAUAGAAACAUACUCAGUUUAUUUUAUCCCUAAAAAAAUCUCUUGUAUAAUAUAAUUGUUGAUAUUUUUUAGAGUCAUUUAGAUUUAAAUGUGAUUAUAUAUCAUUCUAAUUACUUAACCUAUUUUCUAAAAAAGAUAAUGAAAAUUUCUUAUCUUUGGUUAGGUGAGGAGAUUAGUAUUUUUAUUAUAGAUUUUAUUGAAUAAUUUUAAGAAUUGGCAUAAAAAUAAUAUACAAUUAACAUCCAUUUUUAACAAUAAUUAAUAAGUUUGUGA